GGAGAGUUUGUUUUCCAUACGGGCGAUCAGGGAACUACCAUGUACUUUGUAAACUCAGGCGCGGUGUCUGUACAAAUACGCGGGCACGAAGUUGCACGAUUGCUGCCUGGGAGCUACUUCGGCGAACUUGGCCUGAUGCUUCAAGACGGAAGGAAGGCUGAUGCUGUUUGUGAUGGAGACUCAGAGCUUCUGGAGCUUGAUCGGCCGGAUUUCUACCACGUUCUGGAGAAACAUCCGAUCCUGGCA